AUGGCAGCGUCCUCAAGCCAGAAGGACAUCCUCCUUCCUCGCCCUACCAGCCCCCUGAUCCGAGUGAGCUGUUUCUUCCGCAAAGAUCCUUCGAUAUCGCAGGCCGAGUUCGAUACCUACUGGCGGGAUACGCAUGGAACGCUAGUUGUCGCGUCUAAAAUCUAUCGCGACACCAGAAUCCAAGGAUACACUCAAGUCCACAACGCCCGCGAGCUUACCAAAGAGGCUGCAAAGAUGGGACUCUCAGUUCUCGACUUCGAAUGGGAUGCCUGCUCGGAGAUGUAUUUCCACAGCUGGGAGGACUAUCGCCAGUUUGCAGCCAGCGAUGAGAUGCGAGACGUUCUGGGGCCCGAUGGAGCGCGCAUGAUGGGCCCUGACAAGACAGUGAGGGCCAUUGUUGCUCUGGUUGAUCCUGUAUCCAGAGAGCAAGCACUAUAG